CAUCAUCGAUAGCGCCAUCAUCCCUUUCGUCUGCUUUGCUCUCCACGCCGCCUCACCACCGCCGCCCGUGGUUCACAGCGCUUCCGCCCAGCAUUCCUGCCAUCCGCUCCGCCCACGACACUUGGCUCGUCCAGCCAGACUAACGGCUGCUGGCGCCCCCAGCGCUCCACACACGGGCUGUGGGGAGAGCUCGGAAGUUGCACAGUCAGCAGCUUCAGAAACCUUGGGACCGAAACCCAGAGAAUCUAUCACGUCACGUUGCCCGUCGUCGUCUGCCAUGGCUGCCGCCUUCGACGACGAAGACCUUUCCAUUCCUCUCCCCUCCUUCGACCGCGAUCGCGAUCGUGACUCUGACCGUGACCGUGUACGAGCCAGCGGGGGAAUCCCCAACCCCAUCUCCAACUCGUCCGCCAUGGCAAUGCCUCCGCCUCCCCGACCCAAUGCCCGGGCUGAUCCCUCGGUGCAGUCGCCUGCCACCACCAGGGACAUGCAGCGGCUAGACCAGUACCACACCGUCAAGGUCCUGGGUGAAGGAUCCUUUGGCAAGGUCAAACUGGCCAUUCACCAGCCCAGCGGCCGCCAGGUCGCUCUCAAGAUCAUCCCGCGGCGGAAACUGCUCUCGAGGGACAUGGUUGGCCGUGUAGAGCGGGAGAUUCAAUAUCUGCAGCUGUUACGACAUCCACACAUUAUCAAACUAUACACCGUUAUCGCAACCAAAACUGACAUUGUGAUGGUCCUGGAAUAUGCAGAGCGGGAGCUUUUCGACUAUCUCGUCAAACGUGGGAGAUGUAAUGACGACGAGGCGCGCAAGUUUUUCCAACAGAUCAUCUGCGCGGUCGAAUACUGUCACCGGCACAAAAUUGUCCAUCGCGACCUUAAGCCGGAGAAUCUGCUCAUCGACAGCGCCAAGAAUGUAAAAAUCGCGGAUUUUGGUCUCAGUAACAUUAUGACGGACGGGAAUUUCCUCAAGACGAGUUGCGGUAGUCCUAAUUAUGCAGCACCGGAGGUUAUCUCUGGUAAGCUGUACGCGGGGCCUGAAGUGGACGUCUGGAGUUGUGGAGUGAUUCUUUACGUGUUGCUUGUGGGCAGACUUCCGUUCGACGAUGACUAUAUCCCUGCGCUCUUCAAGAAGAUCGCUGCGGGAAAUUUCCAUAUGCCGUCGUACAUUUCACCAGGAGCCGCCAGGUUGAUCAAGUCUAUGCUACAGGUGCAUCCCGUCCACCGUAUUACAAUCCCUGAAAUUCGCCAGGACCCGUGGUUUCUCAAGGAUUUGCCCAAGUAUCUGGAGCCACCGCCAGAAGAAUUCAUCAAUACCGGUGUCGAUCCGAAGAAAGCCAUUGACCCGCGGAACAUUGCACCGGGAAAGCCAACGGCGAUACAAGAAAAGAUCCACCGAACGGCUGUUGCCAAACUCGAAAGGAGUAUGGGAUAUGCUAAGGAGGACAUUGAAGAUGCAUUAAAACGACCGGAACCUAGUGCCGUCAAAGAUGCCUUCUUUAUUAUUGCGGAGAAUGAAAUGAUGCAGACAAAUUCCCCCACUGAUGAUCAACUUGACGCCUCCUCCCCAGUCUCCUCUCCCCCUCAACCAGAGAGAUAUGCGCAGUCGCCCCCGGGAGCCGGCAAGCAGAUGACGGCUGCGUUCCGUAAGAGAGAUGCUAUAUCGCCUUUAACUUCGCGAACUCCGGCAACACCUCCAUCCGCGCAAUCACAGUUGGCCCAGCAGGACGACGAUGAUGAUGAGGAUGAUUCGCCUCGUGUAAGCCAUGUCAGGAUUCUUCCCACGAGUCUGCCAUAUGUCCACGAACAGAUCAUGGAGCAGCGUGAUCGUGAUAUGAAGGAGAGGGGUUCAAUAGACGAAGGCCAUGGAAACGGUCUUGACGAGCAAUAUGGAUCUGCCGAUACGGUUGCGGAGCGCUCCCCUGAAGAACAAGCGGCCACUGCUAGAUCGCUCAAGCCACAUGCACGCAGCGUCGUAGAUCUAGAAAAACUGCGUUUUGAACCUCCUGAAGGGUUUACCGCUCCCACACACACGCCAAAGAAAACACGAAAGUGGCAGUUUGGAAUUCGAUCGCGGAACCAGCCGUAUGAGGCGAUGCUCUGCCUGUACAAGGCCAUUGCUGCUCAAGGCGGAGUCUGGGAGAUCGAGCCUGCUGAAGCAGAGGGCGUUGAUUCCGAUAUAGAUCCUGGCAUUCCUGUGGACAAGCGGCCUCUUCAGCGCAAAUAUCCAGAUCUGCCCUCGAAUUACUACAUCCCGAGAGAUCCUUGGUUUAUCCGCGCCCGGCUUCUCAAACAAGGCGUCAGAGCUCCCGGUCUGACGGGUAGUGCACAUAGCAGCAGAAGCGAUCUGGAGGAGUUCCGGCGACGAGUGCAUCUCAUGGGCGGAUCUCUCCCGGAUGAGACCUUGGCUGCUGUUCAUGCCAACCUUGACAAUGCUAGCACCACGGGCCCUGCGUCCGCUAGCCCCCAGCAUCAUUCAUUGCGAAUCACACACGGUGUGUGGGUGUUCAUUGACAUUCAGCUCUAUCAACUAGAAGCAAACAAUUACAUGGUCGAUUUCAAGUGUGACGGAUACCAGAAUGUGAUCCGAGCUGAAGGCGAUACCGAAUGGCGCCCCACAAGCAAGCGGAUCAGAAAUAAGGAGAAGGAAGUUACAAGUCCUUACCCGUAUCUUGACGUUGCUUCUGAUCUCGUCGCGCAACUUGCGGUUGUGAGCUAGUCGUUUUUGGUUUCUUGCAUUGCAUCUUCUCAGCUUUCUUGGUUCUAUUAUCGGCGUCACAGGGUCAGCGAUGCAUGGGUUA